AAAGUAUAAAUAGUAUAAAAAAGGCGGCUGUGAGAUUUAUUUCGUCAGGCAGGGCGAGAAGGAGCAAAUCAAAAUCAAAAUCCAAGUCGAAGUUCCAACUUAUAAAUUAUUGCAACAAAAUACAGAAUUUAGAAUACAAACAUCAGGCGAAGUCCCUUCACAAUGUCGGUAAUGCGUGCGCUGGGCUUGCGUCUCCAUAAUCAGUUCCAGCAAGUUCUUCCCCAGCGGGGGGCGGUAAUGGCAAUGAUGCGUCGUGGGACCCAUCACGACGGUACACGCCUGAUGAGCGGCGAUCGCGAGGUGGUCGGCUACGGCGUGAACGGCAAUCCCAUCUACAUCGACUGCGUGGAGUUUCCGUUUCCGGCGAUUCGCUACCGCGAGGUCACAGCCGAGCUGUGCGCAGUGCGCGAAAAGGAGCUGGGCGACUGGAAGGCGCUAUCGAUCCAGGACAAGAAGCUGCUGUAUCGGCACAGCUUCUGUCAGACCUACGCCGAGUUUCAGCACUUCACGCCCGACUGGAAGCUGGUCAUUGGCGUUGGCUUUUGGUCAGCCGCCAUUGGACUACUGAUUUCGCUGUCCUACUACUUCAAGCUUUACGACCCCGUGCCGGAGACGUAUGCCGAGGACCGCCGCCAGGCGCAGCUGCGCCGCAUCAUUCAACUGCAGAUGAACCCCAUUACCGGACUGUCCUCCAAGUGGUGCUACCACACCAACAAAUGGAAGUAGUUGGUGACCACGGAUCAAGCUGAUCGGAUCCACCAAGUACACAGACCACAAAACCACUCGAUAGCACAUCAAUCUAAACGCCAGCCAAUGCCAAUGCCAAUGCACAUCGUUAACGCAGAAUCAAGAACACAAUACAAAUCAAUCGACAACCUUAAUCGAAUUCACACGAACAUAAUCGAUAACGAGAAGUGAUAGAAAACCUUAAUCGAUUUCACAAGAACAUAAUCGAUAACGAUAAACGAUAGAAUGAUAGACAACCUUAAUUGAUUUCACAAGAACAUAAUCCAUAACGACAAACGAUAGAACCUUUAUCGAUUUCACAUGAACAUAAUCGAUAAAUUAUAGACAACCUUAACCGAUUUUA